AUGGUUCUCUAUAAACGAAAUAAUGUACUUGCCAAUCAGCGCUACUUCCAAGCUCCGUCACAAACGCCGUUAUGGAUCAAAGGAAAAAGAGACAAGUUUAUUGUCACCCUCGUCUUUGGUAUUCUCACUGUCGGUGUCGUAGGCUCUACUGUGGGUCUUGGCAAAUUGGUUAGAGGAAACAGAGAAUAA